GGUAGCGGCGCUCCUCAGAAGCUGUUGAGCUAGUUCAGCGGAGGAGUUCUUUCUCGUGUAAAAUAACGAAAUUACACUGACUAUUAUCAGUUUUUGUGUCAGUUUACGGAUGGUGAACACAUCCCUGGAUUUUUUGAUAAACAAGAAGAGUUCUGGUUGUUAAAGGGAACCGAAGAACCGUGUUUUCCUCGAAGCUAUCAUGCUAAACACAGAGGAGAGUUCCUGGUUAGUGGGGUCUUUCGUGUCCAGCUCGAUCCCUCGGGCUCCAGGGCCUCUGUGGUGCUCCGAUGCCCCUCACCCACAGCUGAAGAUCCCGGGUGGGCGAGGGAGUGUCAGGGAUCACUCUCACGGCACGCUAAUACACAAGGAUGACAAAUUAACGGUGACUCAAGCCGAUCCUGUCGGUGGGAACCCCUCUCUCCUCCGCUUCCACUACCAGCUGAAUGAGCGCCGCUCGGCCUUCUGGGAUACGGCGCUCUCAGAGGACAGCCUCUUCCUGGAGAUUCCAGCUGGGUCGCUGGUGGAGGGAAGCAAAGAGGGGCUCACCGCCCUGCUCCAGUUCGCAGAGGAGAAGCUCAAAGUUGCCUACGUCUUCCUGUGGUUCCAUAAAAACAGAGAAGAUCGAUUGACCAUCAUCAGGACCUUCCACUACAUGGGUUUUGAGAUGGUGAAGCCAGGCCACCCGACGGUACCGGCCCGGCCCGACCUGGCCUUUAUGGUUUAUUCUCUGGAGAACAGCAGUUCUGAUGAAGAGUGACUGCCGCCGUCUCCUGACACCUCCCUGACCCAAACCCUCCACCCGUGAUGUCGUCCGUCACAGAUGGAUGCGUCGUCCUUUUUCAUACAGACUCGUAACUUGGAGGCGGACUGCUGCGUCUUCCCCUCUGCUGAACACGACAGAUGGGAGAAGCUGGGAGUGGCGUGGACUGAAUUAAAUCGUCACUUCGUGUACUUUGGCCUUUUCCCCCUCUUGCUUCCUCAUUCUAUGUCCCUGCUGCCAUGAACCAGACAACUGGACUUUCAGGAGAAGUUUCAACACAUUUCUCCUCUGACAACUUAAUCAAAAACUAUGAAUGCUGUGUACUACACGCGCUGUGUUCAGGGUAUGUGUAGGAAAAAAUGGUGAUGAAGUGAAUUAUAUUUUCUUUAUAUAAAUGAAUGGCUGACUUGCUACUUUUAAGCACAUGGCAACACUUUUCUCUGCAACAUGUCGAGGCAUCAUUCCAGCACGUGUCACCGGCUUCAGGUGAGCUGAUUAAAUGUUCGAAUCAAACGUGCACACGAUUGAAUGUGGAGGUGGGGUUUGACCUGCUGAAGCCUCUCCGUCUCACAGCUGAGCAUCUUGGUUUUUCAGUAACUAUCGAACAGGAAAUUGCACGUUUGGGCGCAGGAGGUGGAGCGUGUCCGGGAUGAGCACGGGUGAAGAUCUUUGUGUUUUACGACGUUGACACGUGAAACUGUUAGGAAUGAGCUGUUGGGACACAGAAGCAGGUUUACCUGAACUUCCCGCAGACACGUCACAGUACAACCCUGCACCAGUCAAAAGCUUUAAUGAAUGGGGGGGGGGGGUUUGUGCCUAAAGACAAGUGUGCAAUGUUUGUUUUUAUGAGUCUUAAUUAUGUGUUUUUGCCCCAACCAGUAAAAUUAAACUCAUUAGCAGCGUUGGAUGCAGAAAUAACUCCCAUCAGUUUUAGAAGUAGCAGCUAAACAAAACCCCAAAGAUUCAAGUCUGUUAAUCCAGAUUAUUGUGAUUAAGUGUAAUCUAGCUAACCCUUAAUGUACAUGAAGCAAUAUUUACCUACAUUCCCCAUCAGCGCCUCGUUUGGGUUUUCUUCCUGUGUUUUUCUUGAUCGUGCCGCUCUUUGUUGCUACUGAUCCAGUUCUGACUAUAAGCUGUUAGAAGUUGUUUUUUUUGUCCUAAAAUAUGUUUUGAUCCAU